GCCCUAUAUUCCGUCUAUAUAUAUUGUCAAUUUCAUAUUCAUCCCUCUCACUUUAGUUCGAUAAUAUCAAAACUUGGACUAACAAAGUCACGGUGGUUCAACCCAAAAAAAAAACAAAAACAAAGUCACGGUGGAGACCACCUUAAAGCUCGAUUAAUCUAUCACGGAAAAACUCAACCACCACAGCGCCGCCUGCCGCGGAGGGCUAAGAACCAAAUUUUGGGUGAAUUAAUUAUUAUUAUUAGUGCAUAAUAAUUACUAGAAAUAAGAUGGGUGAUUAUUCCAAAGACGAUUUCCUUCAGCUCGUCAAGCGAUUCGGCGCUUUUUUGACCGUCAAGAUUUCUAAUCUCUUACAUACACUGGAUUCAAGAUCUGUUGGGGCCAUAGCAGGUCUUGCAGUUGCUAUAGUUUUUACCUGGAGAGUGUGGAGAUCACCUAGUGCACCACAAAGGAGGAUUCCAAAGCGACAAGGUGCGACGCCUAGUAGUUCUGGUGUAAGCAAUCAUUCAAGUGCAAAUGCAGCAACUUCAGCAGUUAUCUCUACUUCCGAGGAUUCAAAUGCUCAAAAUGUUAUUGAUGAGUUCUUUCAGCCAGUAAAGCCAACACUUGGGCAAAUAGUUAGGCAAAGGCUGAGGGAAGGGAGGAAGGUGACAUGUAGGUUGCUUGGAGUGAUCCUAGAGGAAACUAGCCCAGAGGAACUUCAGCAACAAGCGACCGUGCGAUCCUCUGUACUUGAAGUAUUGCUCGAAAUCACCAAAUUUUGUGACCUUUAUCUCAUGGAAAGAGUUCUUGAUGACGAAAGUGAAAAAAAAGUCCUCCUGGCUUUAGAGAAUGCUGGAGUGUUUACCUCUGGAGGUCUGGUCAAAGACAAGGUUCUCUUUUGCAGCACUGAGAAUGGACGCACAUCCUUUGUUCGACAACUUGAACCUGAUUGGCACAUAGAUACAAAUCCAGAAAUCACUUUUCAGCUAGCGAGAUUCAUCAAAUAUCAGUUACACGUUUCGCCGACCAAGCCAGAAAGAACAGCAAUCAAUGUCUUCAACUCAAUAACAUUUGAGCAGUUCUUUGGAAAUGUUUAGAUCCAACCAACAAGAGCUCUAGCAAAUUUCGUUUAUUUUAGGUGUUUUUCGUCUUUUUUUCCCCUUUCUUUUUUGUUGUUGUUCCCUCCUUUCUUCUCUCUACUCUACUCCGGCAUGUGAAAAUCCUCAUUUGUUUCGACUCAUUUUUAUGGCUUUUCUUGGUAUGUGCUGCUUAAUAGUGUGAAACUAAGGGGCACUAAUUGGAAAGCACUGGCAUUCUCGAAACAAAUUCAUUUAUGUUGCUGCAACAUAGAUGAAUAUCACCUAUGUUGGAAAGCAUUAAGCACUGAUGUAUCAAUAUCACCUCUCUUUUCAAAUAUAGAUGUGAGAGUACCUUUGUAAUA